GGACACAAUUGUCAGUCAAAGAGUUGAUUGCGCAAAAUGCUGAAGUGUGGAUUUAUCGUUGUUUUCCUUGUAGCCUCCGCCUUGGGCGAGUUUUCGCUCGACGACCGCAUCGUAGGCGGCAGCAGUGUUAAUAUCGAGAACUUCGGAUGGCAAGUGUCCUUGUUCGAUCGUAUGGGACACUUCUGCGGUGGUUCCAUCAUUAGCGACGAAUGGGUCUUGACAGCAGCACAUUGCGUAUUUGACCUAUUCUCGCCAAAGCAAUAUGCAGUGCGUGUCGGAAGUAGUUUACAUAACAAAGGUGGAUUUAUCCACAAAAUUGCCAAAGUAUAUAUCCAUCCAGACUACGAUGAAGUAAGCUACGACAAUGACGUCGCAGUCCUGAAAGUUGAAAAGAGAUUUAGACUGAACGGCAAGAGCGUUCGCACAGUUAAAUUGGUUGACGAAGAUCACGAGGUUGAUGAUGGUGCCCAGCUUACUGUCACUGGAUGGGGCAAAUUAAGUGAAUCAGGCCCCAACCCAGUAAAAUUACAAGGAGUGAAAGUGCCUUUUGUCGACCAUGAUACAUGCUCCGACAGCUACGUCUUUACCGGAAAACAAAUCACCGACAACAUGUUGUGCGCUGGAGUCAAAAAAGGUGGCAAGGACUCCUGCCAAGGUGACAGCGGUGGUCCACUCGUGGACGCAAACAAAAAGCUUGUCGGAGUCGUCUCUUGGGGAAAUGGUUGUGCCAGACCAAAACCAGGUGUAUAUGCCAAAGUUGCCGCAUCAGGAAUUAGAGAAUUCAUUCGCAAAAAAACUGGCGUUUAAUCUUGUAUUAUGUAAUCAAAUGUAAAGAAAAAAAAAUAAAAUUAUUUGAUUUAUGCAA